AUGCUCUCCCCGGACGCCCCAGAGCGUCGCUAUGCUCUCCCCGGACGCCCCAGAGCGUCGCGAUGCUCUCCCCGGACUCCCCAGAGCAUCGCGAUGCUCUCCCUGGACGCCCCAGAGCGUCAUGAUGCUCUCUCCAGACGCCCCAGACCGUCGCGAUGCUCUCCUACGCCGCCCCAGAGCGUCGCGAAGCUCUCCCCGGACGCCCCAGAUGGCCGCGAUGCUCUCCCCGGACGCCCCAGAGCGUCGCGAUGCUCUCCCCGGACGCCCCAGAGCGUCGCGAUGCUCUCCCCGAAUGCCCCAGAGCGUCGCGAUGCUCUCCCCGGGCGCCCCAGAGCGUCGCGAUGCUCUACACGGACGCCCCAGAGCGUCGCGAUGCUCAUCCCGGACGCCCCAGAGCGUCGCUAUGCUCUCCUCGGACGCCCCAGAGCGUCGCGAUGCUCUCCCCGGACGCCCCAGAGCGUCGCGAUGCUCUCCUCGGACGCCCCAAAGCAUCGCGAUGCUCUCCCCGGAGGCCCCAGAGCGUCGCGAUGCUCUCCCCGCACGCCCCAGAGCAUCGCGAUGCUCUCCCUGGACGCCCCAGAGCAUCGCGAUGCUCUCCCCGGACGCCCCAGAGCGUCGCUAUGCUCUCCCCGGACGCCCCAGAGCAUCGCGAUGCUCUCCCCGAACGCCCUAGAGCGUCGCGAUGCUCUCCCCGGACGCCCCAGAGCGUCGCGAUGCUCUCCCCGGACGCCCCAGAGCGUCCCAGACGCCCCAGAGCGUCGCGAUGCUCUCGCCAGCCGCCCCAGAGCGUCGCGAUGCUCUCCCCGGACGCCCCAGAGCGUCACGAUUCUCUCCCCGGACGCCCCAGAGCGUCGUGAUGCUCUCCCCAGACGCCCCGGAGCAUCGCGAUGCUCUCCUCGGACGCCCCAGAGCGUCGCGAUGCUCUCCCCGGACGCCCCAGAGCGUCGUGAUGCUCUCCCCGGACGCCCCAGAGCGUCGCGAUGCUCUCCCUGGACGCCCCAGAGCGUCGCGAUGCUCUCCCCAAACGCCCCAGAGCGUCGCGAUGCUCUCCCAAACCGCCCUAGAGCCAUCGCGACGCUCUCCCCGGACGCCCCAGAGCGUCGUGAUGCUCUCCCCGGACGCCCCAGAGCGUCGCUAUGCUCCCCCCGGACGCCCCAGAGCGUCGCGAUGCUCUCCCCGGACGCCCCAGAGCGUCGCGAUGCUCUACCUAGACGCCCCAGAGCGUCGCGAUGCUCUCUCCGGACGCCCCAGAGCGUCGCGAUGCUCUCCCCGGACGCCCUAGAGCGUCGCGAUGCUCUCCCCGGACGCCCCAGAGCGUCGCGAUGCUCUCCCCGGACGCCCCAAGGCGCCGCGAUGCUCUCCCCGGACGCCCCAGAGCGUCGCGAUGCUCUCCCCGGACGCCCCAGAGCGUCGCGAUGCUCUCCCCGGACGCCCCAGAGCGUCGCGAUGCUCUCCCCGGACGCCCCAGAGCGUUGCGAUGGUCUCCCCGGACGCCCCAGAGCGUCACGAUGCUCUCCCCGGACGCCCUGGAGCAUCGCGAUGCUCUCCCCGGACGCCCUAGAGCGUAACGAUGCUCUCCCCGGACGCCCCAGAGCGUCGCGAUGCUCCCCCCGGACGCCCCAGAGCGUCGCGAUGCUCUCCCCGGACGCCCCAGAGCGUCGCGAUGCUCUACCUGGACGCCCCAGAGCGUCGCGAUGCUCUCCCCUGACGCUCCGGAGCGUCGCGAUGCUCUCCCCGGACGCCCCAGAGCAUCGCGAUGCUCUCCCCGGACGCCCCAAAGCGACGCGAUGCUCUCCCCGGACGGCCCAGAGCGCCGCGAUGCUCUCCCCGGACGCCCCAGGGCGUCGCGAUGCUCUCCCCGGACGCCCCAGAGCGUCGCGAUGCUCUCUCCGGACGCCCCAGAGCAUCGCGAUGCUCUCCCCGGACGCCUUAGAGCGUCGCAAUGCUCUCCCCGAACGCCCCAGAGCGUCGCGAUGCUCUCCCCGGACGGCCAGAGCGUCGCGAUGCUCUACCCGUACGCCCCAGAGCGUCGCGAUGCUCUCCCCAGCCGCCCCAGAGCGUCGUGAUGCUCUCCCCGGACGCCCCAGAGCGUCGCGAUGCUCUCCCUGGACGCCCCAGAGCGUCGCGAUGCUCUCCCCGGACGCCCCACAGCGUCGCGAUGCUCUCCACGGACGCCCCAGAGCGUCGCGAUGCUCUCCUCGGACGCCCCAGAGCAUCACGAUGCUCUCUCUGGACGCCCCAGAGCGUCGCGAUGCUCUCCUCGGACGCCCCAGAGCAUCGCGAUGCUCUCCCGUGACGCCCCAGAGCGUCGCGAUGCUCUCCCCGGACGCCCCAGAGCGUCGCGAUGCUCUCCCCGGACGCCCCAGAGCGUCGCUAUGCCCUCCCCGGACGCCCCAGAGCGUCGCGAUGCUCUCCCUGGACGCCCCAGAGCGUCGCGAUGCUCUCCCCGGACGCCCCAGAGCGUCGCGAUGCUCUCCCCGGACGCCCAAGAGCAUCGCGAUGCUCUCCCCAAACGCCCCAGAGCGUCGCGAUGCUCUCCCCGAACGCCCCAAAGCGUCGCGAUGCUCUCCCCAGACGCCCCAGAGCGUCGCGAUGCUCUCCCCGGACGCCCCAGAGCGUCGCGAUGCUCUACCCGGACGCCCCAGAGCGUCGCGAUGCUCUCCCCCGACGCCCCAGAGCGUCGCGAUGUUCUCCCCGGACGCCCCAGAGCGUCGCAAUGCUCUCCCCGGACGCCCCAGAGCGUCGCGAUGCUCUCCACGUACGCCCCAGAGCGUCGCGAUGCUCUCCCCGGACGCCCCGGAGCGUCGCGAUGCUUUCCCCGAACGCCCCAGAGCGUCGCGAUGCUCUCCCCGGACGCCCCGGAGCGUCGCGAUGCUCUCCCCGGACGCCCCAGAGCGCCGCGAUGCUCUCCUCGGACGCCCCAGAGCGCCGCGAUGCUCUCCCCGGACGCCCCAGAGCGUCGCGAUGCUCUCCCUGGACGCCCCCAAAGCGUCGCGAUGCUCUGCCCAGACGCCCCAAAGCGACGCGAUGCUCUCCCCGGACGCCCCAGAGCGUCGCGAUGCUCUACCCGGACGCCUCAGAGCGUCGAGAUGCUCUCCCCGGACGCCCCAGAGCGUCGCGAUGUUCUCCCCGGACGCCCCAGAGCUUCGCAAUGCUCUCCCCGGACGCCCCAGAGCGUCGCGAUGCUCUCCCCGGACGCCCCAGAGCGUCGCGAUGCUCUCCCUGGACGCCCCGGAGCGUCGCGAUGCUCUCCCCGGACGCCCCAGAGCGCCGCGAUGCUCUCCCCGGACGCCCCAGAGCGCCGCGAUGCUCUCCCCGGACGCCCCCAGAGCGUCUCGAUGCUCUCCCUGGACGCCCCAGAGCGUCGCGAUGCUCUCCCCGGACGCCUCAGAGCGCCGCUCUGCUCUCCCCGGACGCCCCAGAGCGUCGCGAUGCUCUCCCCAGACGCCCCAGAGCGUCGCGAUGCUCUCCUUGGACGCUCCAGAGCGUCGCGAUGCUCUCCCCGGACGCCCCGAGAGCGUCGCGAUGCUCUUUCCGGACGCCCCGGAGCGUCGCGAUGCUCUACCCGGACGCCCCAGAGCGUCGCGAUGCUCUCCCCAGCCGCCCCAGAGCGUCGCGAUGCUCUCCCCGGACGCCCCAGAGCGUCGCGAUGCUCUCCGCGGACGCCCCAGAGCGUCGCGAUGCUCUCCCCGGACGCCCCAGAGCGUCGCUAUGGUCUCCCCGGACGCCCCAGAGCGUCGUGAUGUUCUCCCCGGACGCCCCAGAGCAUCGCGAUGCUCUCCCCGGACGCCCCAGAGCGUCGCGAUGCUCUCAUCGGAUGCCCCAGAGCGUCGCGAUGCUCUACCCGGACGCCCCAGAGGCAUCGUGAUGCUCUCCCCCGACGCCCCAGAGCUUCACGAUGCUCUCCCCGGACGCCCCAGAGCGUCGCGAUGCUCUCCCCGGACGCCCCGUAGCGUCGCGAUGCUCUCCCCGGACGCCCCAGAGCGUCGCUAUGCUCUCCCCGGACGCCCCAGAGCGUCGCGAUGCUCUCCCUGGACGCCCCAGAGCGUCGCGAUGCUCUCCGCGGACGCCCCAGAGCGUCGCUAUGGUCUCCCCGGACGCCCAAGAGCGUCGCGAUGCUCUCCCCGGACGCCCCAGAGCAUCGCGAUGCUCUCCCCGGACGCCCCAGAGCGUCGCGAUGCUCUCCCCGGACGCCCCAGAGCGUCGCGAUGCUCCCCCCGGACGCCCCAGAGCGUCGCGAUGCUCUCCCCGGACGCCCCACAGCGUCGCGAUGCUCUACCUGGACGCCCCAGAGCGUCGCGAUGCUCUCCCCCGACGCCCCAGAGCUUCACGAUGCUCUCCCCGGACGCCCCAGAGCGUCGCGAUGCUCUCCCCGGACGCCCCAGAGCGUCGCGAUGCUCUCCCCGGACGCCCCAGAGCGUCGCGAUGCUCUCCCUAGACGCCCCAGAGCGUCGCUAUGCUCUCCCCGGACGCCCCAGAGCGUCUCGAUGCUCUCCCCGGACGCCCCAGAGCGUCGCGAUGCUCUCCCGGGAAGCCCCAGAGCGUCGCGAUGCUUUCCCCGGACGCCCCAGAGCGUCGCUAUGGUCUCCCGGGACGCCCCAGAGCGUCACGAUGCUCUCCCCAGCCGCCCCAGAGCGUCGUAAUGCUCUCCCCGGACGCCCCAGAGCAUCGCGAUGCUCUCCCCCGACGCCUUAG